UUUUAUUAUUUAUGAUCAAUAAAUUUUUUCGAUGAGAUUAAAUGUAAUAAGUGAUGAGAUACGUUUGAAGAUGUAAUGAUUAUAAAAGGAAAAUGUUACAUUUUGUAACCAGUUCGCUUCGUCAUGCAUUGUGUGUUACUGAUUAUUUUUUUUUCCAUUUCAAUUCCUCUCAAAGGAUCACUGGGGAAUGAAAUACACGAUUUAAAACAUAAAAAUGAUUCUGAUUUCAAUCUAAACCAAUCGCAAGAAGUAGACUUAGUUAUUGACGGAUUGAAACAAAUAUUUGAUGAAAAUACACAUGAACCAAAUUUGCGUAAAAAUGUAAAAUCCAUAAAUAAAGUAAAAUCUGAAAUGCAAAUAGUAGGACGCAAUAUUUUCGGAAAAAUACAAUAUGUCUUAAACUAUUUAGGACUAUUCAGAUCUAAUAAUAAAUUUAUGUCAUCGAUUCACAGAUUAAUUAAUAAUGACAUCCGUUCAUCAACAGUUAAAGAUGAAGUUUUACGUCAAUACUUAUCGUUAGCAAAUUUAAUUCCUUUACAUUCUCAAAUAGUCACUAACAUAAAUAAUCAUUAUCAUAAAAGUAAUUAUCGUAGAAAAGGAUAUGCGCCAUCUAAUUUAAAUUUAUACAGUGGAGUAAUUAAUAAUGAUGAUGUUCAUGGAUUUAAAUGGAUUACUUUAAUCGAAAAAUUGUCAAAUCUUGUAAUUAAAUCUUUGGGUUGUUUGAACUCGAAAAAAUGGUUUGAUAUUUCAAAAUCAUUCUCAAGAAUUGUACAAAAUUCAUUAGAUAUUAUUAAAAGAAUAAUAACCACACGUUUAUCAAGAAAUAUCCCCAAAAAUCCAAGAAUGGAUGGUCCGGCUUAUAGUGAUUUUCAAGCAUUGGUUUGUCAUAUUUUAGUACGAGAUCUGAAAAAAGACUUUACUAAUUGUUUGCAACAAGUAAAGGCAAUAGAAAUUUGUAGUGCACAGAAAUCAAAACAAUCUUCUGACAAAUCUUUAGUAAGAAUGUCGAAAUCAUUUAAACAAAAUUUAAAUAAUAAUGUUGCCGGCAAGUGUUCCGUUAAAUCUAUUAAUGAAACGUUAAUAACAUUUUGUGAAAACGGUUCAAAAAAUAAUUUAACGCAAAGUUUCAUUUUUCUUUUCUCGAGACCUGUUCGAGAUAAAUUAAUAAAUUCACCGGAUUUAAAAUAUAUCAUGGAUUAUAUUGGUAAAGUCGUUAUCAAUAAUGAUGUAGGUUCUACUAUUCUCAAAGAAUUAGUUGGUAUGAAGAGUGUGUUUGAGCCACGUAUCAAUACACAAAGUAACAAAGCUAAAAAAUUGAAAAAUAAUUUAUCAAAAAUUAUCUUACGAACGAUUAAUCGUGUUCAUGAAAUGAACACUGGUAUUGAAAAAAAAUUGAUUAAUACGUCAGGAGAUUUAAAAAUGAAAUUAUCAAACAAUUUACGAACAAUGAGAUGUAUUUAUGAAUUGAUAGACAUGAUUUUAAAUUCUAAUAUGUAUGGAUUUAAUCAAACAAAAUCUGAUAAAUCAAAUAUGAGCAGAAAAAUGAAUAUUAAUAAUGAUGGCAAAGUAUUUAUUAAAAAACAUGGAUUUGAUUAUUAUGAGAAACCGGUCAAAGAUUUAGUUAUAUCGAUGAAACAUCUAGCUGAAAUAAAUUCAAGAAAAAGUAGCACUAUUUUUACACUUGCUAAUACAUUUUUACUAGCUACUGUAUUUUAUGAAUGUAUUAGUAUAUUAGUUACUUUAAUGUAUCGUGGAGAUAAUAAUCAUAUUUUACCUUCAAAUCCGACGGAUCAUAAUCAUAGCCAUAAUCAUAAUGAAGGUUAUUAUGGAACUAUCACUACUGAAAAUGUAAAUGGUGAUGUUAGUAAUUAUGAAGACUAUGACGAGCAACAAAACCGGAUUUACAGACGAGAAGCUGGAGAACAAUAUACUGAUUUUUCAAGCGUUCGAGAAUCUAUAUAUGAAAAUAAUGAAACAUUUGAUUACUCAAAUUUUUAUGAUGUUGUCUUUCAUGAUUACGUUUAUAAGAAAAUAUCAUAAAUUUUAAAAUAUGAAAUAUUCUCUUUGGAGAUUUAGUUUUGCGUCGAUGUAAUGAAAUGAAUUAGUUAAUAAAUGAUUCAAAUAUCUGCAUAUAUUAAUUCAGUUGUAUCAUU